AAAAUACCACGUGACUUACAUAAAACCACAAUGUAUUUCAAAUUGACACCUGAAAUAUUGUGACAUCCAAUCAAAAAUUGACAUAGCAUCCAUUAUCUACUUCAAAGUUGUUGGGAGUUUUCACUUUGCACGUGAUCCCAAGCCUGGUGUAUAAUAGCACAUACAUCGAUUUGUUAAUACCAGUUUCCGUUUGCAGUUUGGUAUUAACCUUCAGCUUGCAUUUUCUAAUAAACAUCCAUGCUCCCCAAAGUUGGAAUGGCAACACUGAUACUGUGGUUCGUUAUCGGUAUCUAUGUCAUCAAAGAUGUUAACUCCACUAAUUGGAACAAAAUAGCGAAAGAUACUCUUAAUGAAGCCCUCAAAAUAAAACCCAACAACAGGAUCGCUAAAAAUGUCAUCAUUUUUAUCGGUGACGGAAUGGGCUUGUCUACCAUUAAUGCUGCUAGAAUCUACAAAGGACAAAAGCUGGGCAACACAGGCGAAGAAACCAUACUGGAGUACGAAACAUUCCCCAACGUGGCCUUAGCUAAAGUGUACGGAACAGACAAACAGGUACCAGAGUCUGCGCAGACGGCCACGGCAUUGUUAUGUGGUGAAAAGACAAAUUUCAAUCUCUUAGGGUUAAAGGACUCUGUCGGGACCUCGGACUGCAGCGCUUAUAUUAGUCAAGGAGAUGAAGCGGAAAUCGACUCAAUCAUAAGACAAGCCAUAGAACAAGGUAAAUCUGCGGGAGUUGUGACGACUGCUAGGCUCACCCACGCCACUCCCGCCGCUACAUACGCCCACUCGCCGGAUAGGAACUGGGAAUCAGACGCCGACAUUGGACCGGCAAACGGAGCCUGCAAAGACAUUGCACAGCAGCUUAUUGACAAUAACCAUGAUAUACAGGUUUUGCUUGGAGGGGGUCGCCGUGCCUUUCUACCAGUUUCCGAGCCCGAUCCUGAAACAAAUGCCCCAGGCGUUAACAAGCGGAUGGAUGGUCGAAAUCUAGUGGAGGAUUGGGAGUCAAUACAACAAGGGAAAAACAAUAAUUACAGAUAUGUCUGGAAGAAGCAAGACUUUGACGAUGUAGACCCUGAUGAAGUAGAUUUUCUUUUGGGACUAUUUAGUCCAUCCCACAUGCAAUAUGAACUGGAGCGAGACACCAGCGGCGACGGGGAACCUUCUUUGGCGGAGAUGACGGACAAGGCCAUCAAGAUACUGAGGCGCAACAAAAACGGAUUCGCACUUAUGGUGGAAGGUGGUAGAAUAGACCAUGCCCACCAUGAAAACAAGGCGAAGAAAUCUUUAGAAGAGACGGUACAAUUUGAGGAGGCAAUCAAAAUGGCGUUGUCAUUAAUAGAUCAGAAGGACACUCUGGUAGUCGUGACGGCAGACCACUCUCAUCCCUUCUCCUUGACUGGGUACACAAACAGGGGAAACCCUAUUCUUGGUUUGGUUGAUCCAUUCGGAAUUAAUAUUGAGCCCACCUUAGAUGGUUUGCCAUACACCUCACUUCUGUACGGCAAUGGUCCUGGUUACACAUCUCCACGUCAGGAUCUAACUGGAGUAGAUACAGAAACAACAGACUUCAUACAGCAGUCUGCCGUACCACUUGAAUUCGACACACACAGCGGAGAGGAUGUCGGGAUAUACGCGCUGGGUCCCAUGUCGCAUCUGUUUCAUGGCGUCCACGAGCAGCAUUACGUCGCCCACGUGAUUCAGUACGCUGCUUGUAUUGGAGAGUAUGCCAAAAAUUGUCGCAAGAAAUCUGGAACAUUGAGAAGCGUUAUUCACGGAAACCCAGAAGUUUAAAAAAUUCAUGAUACUAGUAAUGAGGACUGUACUGUCAUUGAUUUUCAAAAAAGUUUUCAACAGCAGAUUUAUGCAAUAAAGGGAGUUCCACAAUGCAUUUAAG